CAGAUUUCACAGAAGGAAAUCUGGUUGAGUUCGGCCUGUUAUUUUUGUGUUUAGUUUCAUUACAACUGGAGCGAGAUGUCACCACUCCCUGGGCCUGAGAGAAGUUGUGAAUAGCCUGCUCACAAUUCCCUAGGACGACGGUAUACCCUAGAUCGGCCUGCUGGAUGUACAUGGUUAAGGCUAAAAAAUUAAGAGACAGGUGUACAUGUACACGUACACCUUGGUGAGCCUCUUUGAAACAGGAAAUAAAUUGGCAAUUUGAAUGUUGGUGUACAUGGCCGAACGCUUUUAUGUGCUGUAUUUCCUGCUGUGAAUAAUCCCCGGAAUAACCAACAGCAAACCGCAUGUGCUACUGGGACGUAUACCAACAGCUCUGUAGGACGAGAGAAUGACAGUUGUAGAGUAGUUGGCUGUGAUUUGGGGAUAUUUGGGCACAUGAUCAGACGCGAGGAGAAAAAAGAAAGAGAUUGAGAUUUCCUGACUUCUUGUAAAUUGUACACGUACGUGUAUUUUCCCUGGAUGUGGCCUCCCUGACACAUUGAGCGACUGUCGUCAUAUAGCAUGCUGUCAAAAAUCUACCUGUGUGAUUGUGAUGUGUCCCUUAUCCGCAGUCGUGCAUUGGUGUCUGUGUAGGAUUAUAUGAAUAUUCUCCCAGUGGAUCAGCUCCUUUGGAUUUUUUGAUGAAAUGUUCAGCAUGACAUUUGAGGACGGCAGACACCGCCAGGAGCGUACGAUGGAAAAUCUGAAUGGCAACUAUAGGAUGAGAAGAAAGAUCAAUGAUGCAUUUCGUCGACCAAGGCCACCCAGACCUCUGCAAGCGGACGACGACAGAAGCUCAGUGACGUCGGAAGACAGCGAUGGUGAAGUCAAUGAAGCAGUUAUGCACAAGAGGCUCACCCACAUCCGGGCAGUGAAGAAACGCUCGUCGGUCUACUGCAACGCGGACAAAUAUCGUCGGAUCAUCAAGGAAUCCAAGCUCUAUGACUACCUUGUGGUCAUCUCAUUGGAGUUCAACGAGGAGACCAGACGGUAUCAGCCCAUUGAGAAGUACAGAUAUCCCGAAGAGCUGAGCGCCAGUCAGAAUGAUAAACUACGUGCAAUCCCACACUUCUGCUUCCCAGAUGCCUUCAAGUGGGCACCGGUGGAGAAAUACCUCAGCGAGAGCUAUUCCUUCGUCUUGACGAGUAUGGACGGCACCAGGUCGUAUGGCUACAACAGGAGACUACUGCCUCCCGGCGACAAGCCGCGCCUGCCUGAGGUCUACUGCAUCAUCACACCCAUCAGCUGUCGGCUCCUCUUCACGCAGCUGCUGGACGAGAUCGAGAGGAGGCGGAUGGUCUCAAGGCGAGACAUGGAGAAGCUCAUACGAGAAGCCUACACGAGGCACGUCCCGCCGCCGGGCGGCUCCACCACAAUCAUGCAGAUGGAUACAGAUGGUACGAGGACCUCCAUCAUGCAGCCUCUCACUCUACAGAGACCCCAGGACUCCAGAUUAGAGCAUGUUGACUUUGACUGUCUCUUCAGCACGCUGAAGAUCCCCCAGGUCAUCCAGAUCUUUGCGUCCUUGCUGUUCGAGCGGCGAGUCAUCAUGUGCUCAGGGAAACUCAGCAAGCUGUCCAAGUGUUCGCAGGCCGUGGCCGCACUCCUCUACCCCUUUGCCUGGCAGCAUGUCUACGUGCCUGUACUGCCGGAGAAGCUGAUUGACAUGUCUUGCUCCCCGACUCCCUACAUCAUGGGAAUGCUGUCUCUCUGCAUUCCAAGGCUGGAAGAGUUGCCGAUUGAAGAGGUCCUGAUCGUGGAUAUAGACUCCAAGGACUUCUACACGGUGGUUGGGGACGAGGCGACCAUCAUCCCCAAGAAGCUGUCGCAUGCACUGGAACGUGCCCUGACGGACAUCUGCGGCAGCCUCACCGAGCCCAGCUACGGCUCAGAAGACGACAUCUCAUCAGAGGACCACGAGGCCAAAAACCGGGCCAUCUCAGAGGUCUUCAUCCGCUACUUUGUGGAGACCUGCGGCCACUACGUCAACCACUUCUCGACCAAGUACGAUGGCGGCCUCAAGUUUGACCGGGAGGGCUUCAUCCGGACGGUGACCUCCCGCAGCAUCCGCAAGUUCCUGGAGGUCUUCAGCGAGACCCAGAUGUUCGCCUUCUUCAUCCAGGAGAAAGAGGCCGAGGUGGAAGGCAUCGCCCAAGGUCUGUUUGAGACAAGGGUGCGGGAGUAUGAAGCUCAAGCCAAAAUCAAUGCCAACAAAUUUGGGGCCAAGGUUAAAAAGAUUGGCAGGGCCGUCAAGGACAUUUCCAGGGAGGGAGGCAAGAAGGUGGCAGACACGGCAAAAGACGUCCGGAUAAAAGUCAAAGCUAACCUGGACGCUAAGGUUUGACCGCUUGCCUCCGCCCCACACAACACAAGGUCAAUCACCAAUGCAAGUCAUGCCAGCCAGCAGCUCAAGUACAGGUGGACGGACUCUCCCCUGACCACGACCACCUCGACCCAGGUUCGAAUCCCGUUGGGUGUGCUGAGUCGAGCAUUGUGGAUGUUGCUCCGAACCACAAGUACUUUGGAUUGGGUUGCGAAUCCCUUCCAGUUUGUAUUGGCUGUCACAGUGGUACUUCCCCUGACCUCCACCACUUUAAGUUCAGUUCAAAUCCCAUCCAGCACCAGGCUAACACCUAGGUUCUGCUACUAACCUACUGCACUUAAGUUCGAAUCUCAACCCGGCACAGUCGAAUUGCCCUGACUUCUUCCAUUUUGACUCGCGUUCAUCACCUGGUCUGUAUACAGCCCAGCACCUGGAUAUCCUCUCACCCUCUGCUGCAGCGACUUGGGUUCGAAUCCCAUCCAUCCACCUGGUGUGACACGUUUUUCCCUUGAACAAUCACAUGACUAGCUCCACAUCAUAAGCUGGUCCCAGUGGCACUUCCCUUAACCUCUAUCCCACAUGGCUCAGGUUCAAAUCCCACUCUGGGUCAUUGUAGGGAAUUUCGUUCUGCAACAUGCACUUACCAACCUUUGCCAAUUGAGCUGGACUUCCCAUAAAUAAGGACCACUUGAGCAUUGCACUCAACCCUAGUGGCUGAGGGCACACGAAAGAUUACAAUGAAAAUAGAGAAUUCGGGAUGUUUAUUUAUUUUUCUUCACUGGUGCAUGGAGGCCGUGAAGGAACUGCGGAUGGCGCUGUCAGACUGCGUUAAAACAGCCAUCAAAAGAAAUCUUGUGAACAUUCACUUGUUUGCCAGAUCGAAUGGAACCAAGAGCUGGAAGUCAAUUUGUAACUGAAUGCACACAAAUCUGCAGCAUCCUCACAUUUGGAGAGAGAAUGAUUUGGUGCUGAGUGCGUGUUGCCAGUUUUCAUCUGAAUGUGCACACUGCUCAGCAACCAUGCUUGAGACAUAUAGGAAGAUGCAAACUGGUUUGGAGUUUUGAAUGGUGCUGAAUGCAUGCCACCGUUUUUUUCAAUUGAAUAUGCACAAAUCUGAAGUGACCUUGCUCAGUUGGAAAACAAUCAUUCUUUUGUAGGUUCCAUUGGUGCUGAGUGCUUGCCACCGUUUAAAGUGAAUAUGCAAAAAAGCUGAAGUAACCUCAUGUAUAGAGACCCAAGCUGAAGGUGCACACCUGAAAUAGUGCUCAAGCGCCCUUCAGUCAUGAUAAUGACCAUGUCCAAAUUAGCGACUGAAGCUUCCAGUAAGGCAUGCUUCUAUGUGGAAUUGCUGCUGCUGGUCAGUGGCUUUGACAGUGUCUGAAAAUUAUGUGGCUGCGACUAGAAAUUAUGCACAACUUUAUGGUAGUGGCUGCAGCCGUUUCCCAUAGAAUCAUGCAGAAUUGUAAGCCGCAGAGAAGACAUUCAGAUGUGACCUUCCAUAGGUAUGCAGUUAUCUGCAGCAGAGGCCAUAUCUCUGGUAAGAAGUUCACUGAUGGCAUUUUCAUGCUUCGCCUCUGGGUAAGAGGCUCCUUAUAAAUCUCCAUGUAUUUUCUAAUCGAUCUUUUAUUUGCGCUUACUAUCAGGUCACAAAGAUAUCCCAGUCUACAUCAUGAAUAUGGACCAAGUUGUCCUGAGUAUUCAGUGAACAUGGCUAAGAAUGAAUAUUCAAAGUUUUGAUUAAUUUUAUGAUGUUUCCAACGCCUCUUCCAUUUACAUACCCGUAAUCUUCUAACCAAAGCCUCCAGGUAUUUGUGUGGCAUGUCUGUUUAUUUUUAAAGCAAAUACAAAGUUUUGUCUAGUUUGUACAAACAUCCUUUGUAUAUAUGUCUGAUGAUUCCUUUGCCAAGCUCAUGAAUAUUUAUAUCUCGAUGGUUCGGUCACACAUUCCUUCCACUGAAAAUAUUUAGAUGUACAUGUAUUUGGUGCCGUGGUCAAGUGUUAUCGCAGGUCCCUUCAAAAACCCAGUCACAAGUGCCAGGGUGAACCGUGACCAAAGAAUGCUUGGAUCACUGUUAAUUUGUGUGGCUAGUGACCAGGCAUAAGACUGGAUGGCUUGUGAGGUUUUCAACCAGAGCUCCGAUUCGAGAGUCCAAAACUUCCCGAAAGACUGAUUGCGAAGAUCUUCUAGACUGAGUUGGUUUUCCUGGGACCGAGGUUUAUCAUCUUUGUAGCCCAAGGUCAUCAUAUAUUCCAAGCAGUUUCUCUGUACUGUCUACAAAAAGAUAUUUGUGGAAAAUAUUUGUUAACGGUAAUUUGGAAUGCUAGUCACCAUCGUGAAAAGUAGCCUUCAAGACUUAAAACGAAGUCUUUGAAAAUAAUUUAAUGAAAAUUUCAUGUAAAGAUUCGGCCAUAAAUUAUGUUUGUGUACAAUAAUGCAGAGCAGCCCCUUCAAAUUACAUAUAUAAGUUGUCUUUGCUAGUACCAAUGACAGUUUACAUACAGGUUGAGGAUCACUCCGCCUGUUGACUGUCUAAUUUCCCCCCCCCCCCAAAAAAAAAUGUAAUGAAAAGGCCAGACAAGUAGAGACUUGAACAAGUCUAUGUGAGAGACAUCCUGGCCCUUUCUAGUUGCAAAUCGUCUGGUCAAAGUAUGUUCACGCUGGGAUUAUCGCUACAAGAACAGAAAAGGACUGGGCUAAUCUCUACCACAGUCUGUGGGAAUAUCCCCGGCAGGUAUCAGAAAAGUUCUUAUGUUGGGGCCAGAGUUAGUUGUAUCGAUAUUUUUUAUAUGUCACUUUCUAUUUUUGUAUAUGAGAAAAGAUGAGCUGGCUGUUAACAUGUAUACCUUAAACAUUUUAUAUUCCUUUGUAAAUGUACAAGAAUUGUGGUUGUAUAAAUGUUUCAGCUCUUAAGCUUUUUGAUAAAUUGAAUGUGUCUGCUAACUGAUCCGUUUUCAGAAAUUUCACAAGAUUAGGGUUUAAAUAUUUACAUGAUUUUUGUGUUCGUGUAAUCUCAUCUAUUACCCAGAGGUGUUCUUACACAGUUAUUGAUCUUUAUUUUGAGGGUGCAUCCAUAGAGCGCCUUUUAGUAAAUUUGAUAUAUAGCUCUGUGGGAUCUGGGUUUUAUUGUUUGACAUGUUCAAGAUUGUUCUAAUAACCCAGCGAUGGGUUGCCAUACAAGACAAAAACUUACCCACAUGAGAAUUUGGGGACCCGGAAAAGCAAACUAUUGCUGCUCAGUGAUGAUUUUCAAAAUGGUUUUCAAAAUCAUCCCUGUUAGAUGUUGGCCUUAAAUGUAAUACUGAUUAUUUUAUUUUAUAUAUUUCGAAAAUAAACUACAUUCUGUUAACGCUUUGUAAAAUAAUGUGUAUUAUACAAGUACAUGCAACUAGACGACAGAUGUAACUUUAAGUUCCGCUUGUACGAUUACUAGUACAUGUAGUUAACCGAAGAAGGCAUUACGCGUACUUGUUAGUGGACUUCUUGUAAAUUGGAAAAUAUUUUGUAACAAAACAGACUCGAGCCGUUAAUUGUGUUGUUUAUUGUGGAAUUUUUGCACAGGGUGGUUAGGUAACACACAACACUUGCUAUUUUCAGGUUAAUUUUAUUUAGCUUUGUUUUUUUUUCUCUCAAGAUUAUAACUGACAUGUUUUUCCGCAACGGCUCGGCCGUCACUGGGAAAUUCGCGUGAGCUCACUUGCCUGUGACUUGGCAGUGGGUUAGACUCGACUCUGCGUGCGUUUCGCCGGUGUUGUUGCUUGCCUUUGCAACGUGGUUGGUAAAAGCUUGUACUUGUGACAUGCGUGUUAACGACCAGUGAUCGUUCGCUUGUCUCAAUGGCGCCAUCUGUUCUCUGUAGGCCUAUGCUCUCCGCGAACCAACUUCGAAUGCGAAUGGAAAUGGGUCGCUAUGGGGCUGCACUGCCUUGAUUGUUAAAGAAAUCUGCAAAGUAAGGAUGCUAAAAGGAUCGGUGGCAUCGAAUUUCACUUACAUCACCUUUUCUUAUGGUCUGGGGUAAUCGAGCAUGCACUAGCGGGGAUUGGUGACGGGUCUUUGCCCGUUGUAUCAUCUCUGCCGGUCAUCUUCUGUGUUUGCCGAGAGUACUCUAAUAAUUUUUUAUCCCCCAUGCUCCAGUCCAUGGCUUUAAAAUUCUUCCUGGCCGGAGCCUUAAUUUUUUUCAAGGUUGCCUGGUAGUCAGGGUUGCAUGUGGCUGGAAAUAACGCAUGCCCCUAUGGAAGUCACUAGUCGGCGACUGCAGCGACUUCUCGUUGACGCAUGUUAUAUACUCCUUAUCGUAGCUAGUUGAAUAGGACACGGCUUCUGUAUCAACUCUUUGUAAGGUUUCAGUUGUGGACCACGCACUAGCACUUUUUAUACAAAACACCCAAGGCUGGAUCUGGGGUGGCAGAAAAUAUAUCAAAAUGAAACAGAACACAGCAUUAAGGGCAAGUUUGAUUUUGUUUAUUUGUUGACGUUUUGUCCAUGCUCGUCCACAUACUUGUGCACUUUUUUCACUGGAUUUAAAUAAAUGGUGGCUUUCUCAGGUUUUGUCGUCGUAGAUCAUAUUGGCUAGUCUGUAGUGUCCAAUGCAUCUGCAUUUGACGUGCACGCAAGAUACUUUUGGAUAAUUGUGGAUAUAAACGAUGUGUCCUGUGA